AUGGCUUACUAUUAUGGCAAGGCAUCUAGCCGGACAUAUUUUGGGGUGACUUCAAAAAUUCAGAGAGAAAAAAAGUUACAAGAUCAACUAAAGUUUACUGAUACUCAUCUGCAAUCUAAAUCAUCAACCAAUCAGCAAGCAAGCACCUCCAAUUUAUCUAAUACUAUAAUUAUAAUACCGGACAAUCCAGUCGAUAGCUCUAGCUCAAUUGAUGAAAAUGUUGGAAACAAUUUUACCGAUAAAAAUCCUAUUACCGUGGAAGAAACAUUAUGUGAUUCAUUGAUUCAAUUACAGCAAAGCAAUAGCAGUGAGCUUGGACAAUCGAAGGAAGCAGGUGUCACAGAUGUGGUUAUUAGUAAAGAAGAUACAACUAUAGCAUUGGAGGAAGCAGCUUGUACCGAUAAAGUCGAAUCAAACAUUACUGAGGUUUUUGACGAGUCGGAUAUAGAUGAAUUAAAUCAGGAAGAGAUGGAACGCAGUGAAAAAAAACCAAAAGAUAGCAAUGAAUUGAUAGAGGAAGAAAUAAAUGUGAAUCGAUUUGACGAAUCUGGCCGACCUGAAGCCAGCGCUUUUCGUCCUAGCCGUCAUGCUAGCAACUGUAAAUUGAAAGAAUUUGGAUUAGGAAAAAAAUAUCCAGAUAAGCACAAAGAAGUUAAGGAUUUUUAUCGCUAUCUAAGAAGUUCCGGUAAACCGCAUGGAUUUGCAAGGAAUAUUGCUACCGCAAUUAAUAAAUACUUAUUUUGGGCAUGCGAUGGGAACGAACUAUCAUGGCAACCUAUUGUAGAUUCUCGAAAGUUAAGAGUUUAUACAGAUUUGCUCUACAAAGAUGCUAAAUUAUGCGAGUCGAGUAUUUGUAAUUUUAUUGGGAGCGUUGAUCGAGCCAGACAGUUUGCCUGUUAUCGUAGGCAUUUAUCCGGAAUUGAUUACAAGGAAGAUAUCUUUCUGAGCGGAUUAUUUAAUCGCUUUAGGGCUCUUCGUAAAACGCGCGAAAGAGAGGUUCGCGCAUCUUACCAUAGUGGCUCGUUUUUGAUAGAUCCAGCAGAAUUGUUUAAGGUUGUAAAUCAUAGCGAGUAUCGAGAUAGAUUUGAAGAGCUAACUGCCUAUGCAAAAGCACUAAUUGAGAAAAAAUCUUGGCAAACCUUUGAUAGAAAGAGUUAUACAUAUAGUCUCCGUUUUGUUUUAGCUCAAUUACUGGUUACCUGCAGGCCUAAGUUAUCUGCUCUUUGCAACAUGACAUUUGCUGAUGUUCAAGAUUGUGAAGGAUCGUGGGAUAAUGAUGGAGCCGAAAUAAUUAUUACAAUUUCAGAUCGCAAAAUUACAAGCAUGGAUGGCAUGAUGAUUACCGUUCUUGGAUAUGCGAAGUAUGCGCUGGAAAAAUAUAUUCAUUAUAUCCGCUUGGUCGUGCCAUUAGUCCAAAAAGAUACCAAAAAUUUAGUCUUUGUGAACAGCAACGGAGGCAAGCUAGGACCAGCACAAAUUAAUCGACACAUGGAUCAAUUCUUCGGUAUUGCUGGCUACAAUAACAUUAAUACAACGCGGAUAACAAAGUCGAUCGAACAAGGCACUAAAGAAGAAUAA